AUGUCUGAUUCAGAAAAUGAUUAUAGUGAUGAAAGUAGUGGAUCAGAAUAUGAAUCACCAGUAAAAAAAGGUAAAUCAGCACCAAAGAAACCAGCAGCAGCAGGUAGUAAGAAAAAAGCAUCAGCAACAAGAAAGCCAGCAGCAAAGAAAGCAACAACUACAACCACAAGUACCACGAAAAAAUCAACAACAUCAAAGAAAAGUGAAUCAGAUAAUGAUGAUUUUAGUGGAGAUGAUAAAUCAAGUUCAUCAGAUAAUGAAAAUGUAUUUAAAAAUAUUGCAUCUAGUGCUAAAAAAGGUAAAUCAAUUGAAGAAAUUUAUCAAAAGAAAGAAUUACUCGAUCAAAUUCUCUUACGUCCAGAUACUUAUAUUGGUUCCACUGAAAGACAAGAAGAAGAACUUUGGGUAUGGGAAGACAAAAGAAUGGUACAUAGAAAGGUAUCAUUCGUACCAGGUAUUUAUAAGAUUUUCGAUGAAAUUUUAGUAAAUGCUGCCGAUAAUAAACAAAGAGAAGGUAAUAUGAAAUUCAUCAAGGUCGUAAUUGAUAGAGAAAAGGGAUUUAUCUCGGUUACAAACGAUGGUGCUGGUAUCCCAAUUCAAGUUCAUAGUGAACAUAAAAUCUACAUUCCAGAAUUAAUCUUUGGUAAUCUCUUAACAAGUAGCCAUUAUGAUGACUCUGAAAAGAGAUUAACUGGUGGUCGUAAUGGUUUCGGUGCAAAGUUGGCCAAUAUUUUCAGUACUAAAUUCAUUGUAGAGUGUGCCGAUUCAAAGUCAAAGAAAUUGUAUAAACAAACCUUCACUAAUAACAUGCGUUCCAAAGAGGAUCCAAAGAUCACCUCAUAUCAAAAUAAAACCGAUUAUACAAAGAUUACCUUUUAUCCAGAACUCGAUCGUUUUGGUAUGGUUGAAUUUGAUGAUGAUUUGGUUGCAUUACUCUCCAAACGUGUUUAUGAUAUUGCCGGUUGUAAUCCAACACUUAAAGUUUCCCUCAACGACGAAGAGUUGGGUAUUAGAUCCUUUGAAAAAUAUAUUAAUCUCUAUUUUCCAGAUGAAGAGAAUGCACCAAAAGUUUACUAUGAAAAAGUUAGUGAUAGAUGGGAACUUGCUGUCACUCUCUCAAAGGAGAGUCAAUUCAAUCAAGUUAGUUUUGUAAAUUCAAUUUGUACAGUCAAAGGUGGUACACAUGUAACUCAUGCUCUUAGUAAUAUCGUUACCGCCAUUCAAGAACAAGUAAAUAAAAAGAAUAAAGGUUCCGCAGAUAUUAAACCAGCUUUCAUUAAAAAUCAUUUAUCAGUCUUUGUCAAUUGUUUAAUUGAAAACCCACAUUUCGAUAGUCAAACCAAAGAAACUCUCACAUCAAAGAUCUCUUCAUUUGGUUCUCGUUGUGAACCAUCUGAAAAAUUCAUUAAAAGAGUAUUAGAUUCAAAAUCAGGUAUUGUCGCUUCAAUUCUCGAGUUUGCACAAUUUAAAGAUCAAAGUGCUCUCAAAAGAUCGACAUCAAGUGGUGGUAAAAAAGGUAAAGUUUCAAUUCCAAAAUUAGAUGAUGCCAAUUUAGCUGGUGGAACAAAAUCUGAAGAUUGUACACUCAUUUUAACAGAAGGUGACAGUGCUAAAUCUUUAGCUACUGCUGGUAUUUCUGUAGUUGGUAAAGAUCAUUAUGGUGCUUUCCCACUCAAAGGUAAAUUAUUAAAUGUUAGAGAUCAAAGUACAAAAGUUAUCAAUAAUGAUGAAAUCAAUAAUAUUGUUACAAUUCUUGGUUUAAAAUAUGGUAAAGUUUAUGAAACUCUUUCAGAUUUAAGAUAUGGUCAUUUAAUGAUUAUGACUGAUCAAGAUCAUGAUGGUUCACAUAUUAAAGGUUUAAUUAUUAAUAUGGUUCAUCAUUUUUGGCCAACAUUAUUAAGAAUGCCAGGAUUUUUAGUUGAAUUUAUUACACCAAUUGUUAAAGUUUUUAAGAAUAAUCAAAAACCAAUUUCAUUUUAUACAAUGCCAGAAUUUUUGAAAUGGAGAGAAACCAAUGAUAAAGGUUGGGAUGUCAAAUAUUACAAGGGUUUGGGUACAAGUACACCAGGUGAAGGUAAAGAGUAUUUCUCUGAUUUAGAGAGACAUAAAAUCGAUUUCGAAUGGGAUGAAGGUGCCAAUGAUAAUAUUGAAUUAGCAUUUUCAAAGUCUAGAGCUGAUGAUAGAAAGAAAUGGAUGGCAGAACAUAUUGAAGGCACUUUUUUAGAACAAUUUGGUGUAAAGAAAUUAACAUACUCUGAUUUCAUCAAUAAAGAGUUGGUAUUGUUCUCUAUUGCCGAUUGUGAAAGAUCCAUUCCAAACAUUGUAGAUGGUUUAAAAACUUCACAUAGAAAAACACUCUAUUCUUGUUUCAAGAGAAAUCUAAAGAAAGAAAUCAAAGUAGCUCAAUUGAUUGGUUACGUCUCUGAACAUUCUGCAUAUCAUCAUGGUGAAGCAAGUUUAUAUUCUACCAUCGUUGGUAUGGCUCAAGAGUUUGUCGGUUCAAAUAAUAUCAAUCUUUUAAAUCCAGCAGGUUCCUAUGGUACUAGAAUUGCAGGUGGUAAAGAUUGUUCAAGUGCAAGAUAUAUUCAUACCAGAUUGAACGAUAUUGCCAGAGCAGUUUAUCAUGCCGAUGAUGAUCCAAUUCUAUCUUGUGUAGUAGAUGAUGGUAAAAAAGUUCAACCAAAAUUCUAUAUUCCAGUUAUUCCAAUGAUUUUAGUAAAUGGUUGUGUUGGUAUUGGUACAGGUUGGUCAAGUACAAUUCCAAAUUAUAAUCCAAGAGAUUUAAUUCAAAAUAUGAGAUUAGCAAUCGAUGGUAAACCAUUGAAACCAAUCAAACCAUGGUAUAGAGGUUUCCUUGGUUCCAUCGAAGCAAAUCAAGGUUCCAAAGUACAAGGUGGUCAAUAUCUUUCCAAAGGUAUUUGGAAAAAAUUAUCCGAUAAUAGAUUUGAAAUCACAGAGUUACCAAUUGGUUUUUGGACUCAAGAUUAUAGAGAACUCUUGGAUGAAUUAGAAACUCCAGGUACUAGAAAGAAAAAGAAAGAAGAGAAAGAAAAGAAGGCUGCUAGUAGAAAAGGUACUAAAGCAAAACCAACCACUACAAAGAGAUCAAAGAGAGUCGAUGAUGAUGAUGAUAAUGAAAAAGUCACUGAAGCAACCGUUAAAUCAUAUACCAACUACUCCUCUGAAUCAACUAUUCAUUUCAUUAUUGACACCAUUCAACCAGUCGAUGAAAUUAACAUUGAAAAAGUUUUUAAACUCGUUUCCACAAUUAAUGAAACCAAUAUGGUAGUAUUCGAUGAAGAAGGUCGUAUUCAAAGAUUUGCAACCACCACUGCCUUACAAGAACAUUUCUUCCCAUUAAGAAUCAAACACUAUCAAAUGAGAAAAGAUUUCCUCUCUGAGCGUCUCUCUGAAGAAUAUUCUCGUCUUUCAAAUAAAGCUCGUUUCAUUUUAGCCGUUGUAAAUAAGGAAUUGGUAAUUUCAAAUGUUAAAAAAGUUGAUCUCAUUAACAAAUUAAAGGAAAUGAAGUUUGAUAGAAUUAUAAACAAAAACUCUAAUAAAUCCGCUAGAGAUAAAAUAAAGAAAAAGAAGAAUGCUUUCGAUGAAGAAGAUGCUGCAAUUUCAUCCGAUGAAGAGAAAGAUGGUGCUCAAGAGGAACAAGAUGAUGAUACCAAAGGUUAUGACUAUUUAUUAUCUUUACCAUUAUGGAGUCUUACUUUGGAAAGAGUUAAAAAAUUAAUCGAAGAAAGAGAUUCCAAAAAGAAGGAAUGGGAUAUCUUACUCAGUACUCCAAUUCAAGAGAUUUACAAAAGAGAUUUGGAUGCAUUGGAAAAAGCAUUGGAUGAUCAAGAUGCUUAUGAUGAAUCACUCAAAAAUCAAACUGAAUCCCUCAAAAAGAGAACUAAAACCAAAGCACUUCCAAGAGCAAAGAAAAUCUCUGCUAAAGUUGUCAAAGAUACAAAAGAAGCUCCAUUAACUAAAUUGGUUAAACCAACCGUUAAAAUUCCAACAACCACCGAUUCAAAUGUUUCUGGUUCAAAAAGAAAGAAGUCUGAUGAUACAACUUCAACUUCAACCUCUACUACAACCUCUUCAAAUACAAAACCAAUUGAAUCUUUUUUCGCUAAAGAAGAUAAGAAACCAACACCAGCCGUUAAGAAAUCAACUUUGGUUAGUUUAGAUUCAGAUUCUGAUUUCGAUGAUGAUGUAGUUGUAUCAUCAAAACCAAAGGCUCCACCAAAGAAAACUUCAAAAGUUAUAGAGUUAUCAGAUGAAUCUGAUCAAGAAUCUGAUCAAGAAUCUGAUCAAGGAUCUGAUCCAGAAUCUCCACCAAAGAGAUCAAAGGCUCCUCCAAAGAAACCUACCACCAUCGCCACUAAAAAAGCUACAACUUCAAAAUCAAAAGUAAUCGAUGAUAAAAGCAGUGAUGAUGAAGUUAUUAAGGCUCCAACCAAUCGUCCAACUCGUUCAAGAGUACCACCACCUAAAUCUUUAUCAUUUUUAGAUUCUGACAGUGAUGAUGAUGAUCUUUAUGAUAAUGAAGAGUCUAGUUCUGAUAGUGAUUAA